GAUUGGUCACCCUUCUCAGACGUUUUUACCAGUUUUUACACUCUAAACAAAAAGGUGGAACAGCUGAGAGAAACAUCAAAACAAUAUUGAGUAUUUUUUAAACAUAUUUUGGUAGUAAAUUCGUGAGUAUAGUGCGAAGCAAUGGAUUCGUCAGUGAGGAAGGUCCCUGUUUUUGUAUACCCAACUACUUUGAAAUUUUUCCUGGGAUCACGGCAGUCCCAUAAACAAUUGUUGACCCUAUACAAUCCAUAUGAAUUUAGAGUGAGAUUCAAAGUGCUAUCCACAGCACCAAAGAAGUAUAUGGUCAUUGAUCCAACUGGUAGCAUAGGCCCACAAGCAUGUGUUGACAUUGUUGUAAGACAUACAAUGCCAAAUGUUGGCAAUUGUAAUGUUGUUGAUAAGUUUAGAAUAUCAAUGGAGGAUCACACCACUAAAGCAGUUCUAGGUAAGAGAGACAUUGAAGCUAGACUUUUAAAUGGGGAACAAGACAAUAAUUCCAAUGAUGGUGACAAAUUUGAUACUAUGCCUAACAGUGAUAGUCAUAGUGAGGACCAGAGAAAUGUUCAAUAUUCAAUGAAUAUGGGUAAUGAAUCAAGGGGUCCAACUUCUCAACAAUUGAUGGCAAUUGUAAUAGGGAUUUUCUGUUGUCUGGCAUUACUCUGGCCUUGUCAGCAGGAUUCUCCAGUAGUGUCAACAAUCAUUCCUCCAUAUAUGUACAUCACUACCACUGUCAAACUUGUCCUUGCCUAUAUAUUAGGACUUAUCACUAUAGUGAUUUUUAGACCAUAAUUAUGAAAAUUUAUUACUAUUUAACAAAAAUCCAAAGAGUAAACAAACUGACCCUGUGAACAAAUGAUUUUUCUUCAGUUACCAUUACAGUUUUGAAAAUUGUACAAUUCUUGCACAGUAUGACAUAUUUUUUAUUAUUUUUGUGUUUAUUCUUCUGGCAUAUGGAUAAGUUUAAAUGGUGUAAGUGUGAAAGGCUGAGCGCUGAAUAUAUUUUUUUA